AUGUGCGCCGUGCUAAUACUCGGUGCCCUGGUGAGCCACGCGGCUCGCCACGGCGCGCGCGGGCGCCACCGCGCGGCGACGGCUAUGUGCGAUCACGGAGCGGGCCGGCUGUGGGAGCCACUAACGCCGAUGACGCCUGAGUUUGCGUCAGUCGCUCAGGCACAGUUUGAGGUGCUCGGCGCGCGGCUGCAGGCCUCUCGCGCCGCCAUCUACUUUCGGCGCGAGGACCCACGGACCGGCGCUCUCGAGUUUGUGCCGGCCGCGGUCUGGCCGGCGACCCAAAAGGUAUGGAUCGUCGGUGAGGGCGUCCGGCCGUCAGUCGACUCGCCGCCGCUGCCGGGCGGUACCGACGCGGGGUCGCUGAUGCCAUCGUACCCCUUUCUCUCGCGCGCUGCCUCGCCGCUGCCCUUGGGGCGGCUGCCCGAGGAGGCUGCUGAGGCGGGCCUUUCUGUACCGCUCGUGCACGGCUCGGAUGCGCGCGAGCUGGAGGCUGCGGCCUCGGCGCUCGCGGUCGCCGCCCUCUUCGACCGCAGGUACUCGGGCCUCGGCGGAGGCUACCGCGAGAUCGUGUACGGCGACGCGCCGCGAGACGGCGGCGCGGCGGCCGGCGGCGGGAUGCGGCAGGGGGGGGAGGCCGAGCGAACCUCCGACCUGCUCGAGCCGCUCGACGCAAUCUCAUCGGCGCCCGCUCUCCCCGCCGCCGCAGCCGCGAUGGCGCUGCUCGCCCCGCGGGACCCGCCGGCCGAGCGGCGGCAGCAGGCGCCCGCGGGAGAGGGCGGUGCCAAGGCCUGGGCAAAGGGUGACCCCGGCAAAGCGGCCGCCCGGGUGGAGGGCGGGCGGGAGGGCAGGAGGGCGGCGGGGGGGGAAGAGGGCGGGGCGGCGGGGUGGGCGGGCGAGGAGGUCUCUCUCUUCGUGGGGGAGGUUGCUGGCGAGGUGGGCGUGCCGGUGCUCUUCGUGACGGACGUGUUGCGCGAGGCGUGCUCGGUCGGCGCGGCGGUCGCCUCCUCGCGCGGCGCGCAGCUGCUCGCGCUCUUCGACGAGGAGGCGCUCGCCAACGUGAUCGACAACGGGCUCAAGUACGCGCGGCCUCCGCCGGGCGGAGGCGAGCCGUGCGUCAGCCUCUCGUGCCGCUGGUGCGAGGAGGAGGGCAAGGUGCUGACCGAGGUCUGGAACUCGUUCUCGCCGCCGCUGCCGGACGAGGACCUGCGGCGCGCCUUCGAGUGGGGCUACCGCGGGGCGGCGGCGCGUAAGAGCGACGCCGAGGGCACCGGGCUCGGACUGCAGAUCGCGAGGCGGCUCGUCGAGUCGAUGGGCGGCACGCUCUGCUUGCAUAACGCGCCGAUGCCGGGAUGGGCCGCGGCCGAGUCCGGUGGUGGCAGCAGUUUCAGCCUCGGCUCCUGCAGAGCCAGCCUUCGCGGCCGCGGCCGACCGGCCGGAGGAGAGGUGGAGGAAGGAGCCGUGCGCGAUGCCUAG